ACUAAAUUCAUAGAAUUUUACAAUAUAAAACAAUGUACGUACGAUGUUUUUACACUUUUAAUUAAUAACGCUGAACACUUAUACGGGUCAAUGACGAUUUUUUCGUUCAUUAACGGCAAUGAAGUUUUUGUAUUUCCGGUCGCCGUCGUUAAUGUUUAUUGGCAUAGGUCUCUGAACAGAAGCAACACAAUAUUUAGAAAACCACAAAAUUUAUCUUAAAAAAUUGAUUUAUUGUGAAAUUUGUUAAAAUAUCUUAAAAACAAUAGGAAAUUAACAACGUUUCCCACAAAAUAAAAGGUGUGAGUAAGCUCUACACGACCGGCCAAACAACAACAACAGUAGCAAGAACAUACAAAAAGAAGAAUCAUAACAAAAAACAAAGCAUUUUUUCUGUGUCUUUUUACCUAAGCUCAAAGAACGUAAAAUUAAAAUCUAUUUUUUUGCGUAGAAGCAUUUCAUAGAUUAAAACUAAAGUUCAAGAUGAAAAUUACUGUAACAACCACAACGGAUAAAAUCUUUUUUCUUGAUGUUUCGGAGGAAUUGGAAUUAGAAAAUUUCAAAGCCUUUUGUGAGGUGGAAUCUGGUAUUGCCGGCCCACAAAUGGUUGUGGUCUUCAAUGGUAAACCAUUGUUAGACAACCAAAAGCCUCUGAAACAUUUUGGCAUAAAAGAUGGCGAUUGUGUGAUGUUACAAAUACUUCGUCCUCCUGCAAGAUCGAGUUUAUCAGCUGCCAGUCGUGGCACUCCAAUGGAUUUGGAUGAAGCUGCUAUACGUAAUUUGGAUUUCAGCAAUAUUAACAUACCCGGCACUAGUUCAGGCAGCAGUGCUGGUAAUAGUGGCUUUCGUUUAGGUGGCAUGCCUUCUGGUGCCAAUAUUCUGGAAUACAAUGAUUCUGAUGAAUUCAAUGUCAAUUAUGAUGAUGAUCCAGCUGCUGUACGUAAAAUGUUUCUUGAUAAUCCCGAAUCAAUGGCUUUACUAAAACAAAAUAAUCCUCGCUUAGCUGAUGCUUUAUUAUCGGGUAAUUUGGAAAGUUUUGAAAAAGUCUUGAAAGAACAAAUUGAUGCUCGUAAAGCACGUAAUGCUCAACGUUUGCGUAUGUUACAUGCUGAUCCCUUUGAUCCGGAAGCUCAACGCAUGAUUGAGGAAGAGAUUAAGCAGAAGAAUAUACAAGAAAAUAUGGCUGCUGCUAUAGAGUUACAUCCUGAAGUUUUUGGCACUGUCACCAUGCUUUAUAUAAAUUGUAAAGUGAACGGUGUUCCUGUUAAGGCUUUUGUGGAUUCUGGUGCUCAAACUACCAUUAUGAGUUCGGCUUGUGCUCAACGUUGUAAUGUUACACAUUUAAUUGAUACCAAAUGGAGCGGUAUUGCUAAGGGUGUUGGCACUCAACGUAUUAUUGGUCGCAUUCAUAUGGGCAAAUUACAAAUUGAAAAUGAUUAUUUGGUUUCUAGUUUUACAGUUUUAGAACAACAACCCAUGGAUAUGUUGUUGGGUUUGGAUAUGCUCAAAAGACAUCAGUGUAACAUAGACUUGCAGCGUAAUGUUUUGCGCAUUGGUACCACUGGUACCGAAACAAAAUUCUUGCCUGAAAGUGAACUGCCCGAAUGUGCCCGCUUGUCGGGCAAUUCCGAAGAUGAUCUUAAUGUUAUGGCCGAAUCUGCUAAUGAUGCCGAAGAGCGUGCAAUCAAAGAUGCCAUUGAACAGAGUAAACGAGAAGCAGCGAGCAGUGGAGCCUGCUCCACGAGUACGAAUGCGAAUACAAUUGCUCCUGGUGACAAAUUUAGUGAAAAUGAUGUAAGUGAUCUCGUUAAAAUGGGCUUCAAACGUGAUGAAGUCAUUACGGAACUGCGUAGAAAUAAUGGUAAUAAAACUCAAGCUAUUGCUGCACUCAUAGCAAAAACUUUGAAAUUUUAGAAAAACAUAAAAUAGAUUUAUUUUUUUUCUUGGACACACAACAAAAAAACACUCAUUUAUAGUUUUAGAUUUAAUAAAAAAAAGAAAAAUAAAUUUAAGUUGAAAAUUAAUUGAACAAUUAAAUUUAAAAUCAUACAUUAAAUUAGUAAAAAAUGGAAAAAUGAAAAGAAAAUAAAAUCUUUGAAAAAAAAAAACACAAAAAUUAAAUUCAAAAUUUUAUAACAACAUCAACAACAUAAAGAGUAACAAAAACUAAUUUAAAUAAAAAGCCUACCAUUUUAAUUACGAACUACCUCAGGCUGGAAGCAUUUCUUAUAACAAUUUUUUUCUAUAACAAAAAGAAAAACAUUUGCAAAAUAAUUAAAGUCAUAAAAACAAUAAAUGACUAGACAUUUUAUAAAGAAAACGAAACAAUUAUACAAUAAAUGUUAUAAAAAGUAAACAAUGUACUGAAUUUCAAAAUAUUUUAAGAGCAACAACAACAAAAGAAAAACAAAAACAUCAACGAAUCAAGCAAAGAUUUAAGAAUUUUUUUUUAACGUCUACAAACAACAACAUACAUUUCUUAUUCUUUUUAUUUCUCUAGUUUAUAAGUAAAUUUUAUUUAAAAACAAACAAAAAAAAAACUACGUAAAGGAUCUACAAAACAUAUUAUUGUACUAUAGUAACAAAACAUAUACGAAAAAUUACAAAAAAAAAAA